GGAUAUUCCUUUUUAUAUGCCAAAUCCUCCAAACGCACACGAAUUCAUUCUUGGGAAUAUUCUUAGCUUAUGCUAAUUUCCCCUUCUUCACCACAGCACACCUCCAAUUUAUAUAACCUUUAUAUCUUUCUUUCUAUGUGUAAUUAAUUUCCUUCUCCGUUUUUGCAAUCGUAUCUUUUGUAUUAGCAAAAUCAUUCGCUAGUUGUCAAUUUUUCAAAUAUAUAUUUGAUGAAGUUCUGGAAAAUCUUGAAGGCACACAUAGAGGAAACGUUGCCUGAAUGGCAAGACAAGUUCUUGUGUUACAAGGAUCUGAAGAAAGAGUUGAAGUUGAUUUAUCCUCAGGAUGGUGAUAGGCCUAAGAAAAGGCAGAGGUUGGAUGAUGAUGAGGUUAGCAAGGAGAUGAAUGAUUUUGUUAAGCUGUUAGAGGAGGAAAUCCACAAGUUCAACACUUUCUUUGUGGAGAAAGAAGAGGAUUACAUCAUUCACCUUAAGGUUUUGAAAGAGAGAGUAGCUGAGAUGAGAAAGUCAAACGAAGAGCUUAUUAGAGUAGGUAGGGACGUUGUGGAUCUUCAUGGCGAGAUGGUUUUAUUAGAGAAUUACAGUGCUCUUAACUAUACAGGAGUUGUGAAGAUUUUAAAGAAAUAUGACAAACUCAGUGGCGAGCUUAUUCGAUUGCCUUUCAUCCAAAAGGUGCUCGAGGAGCCAUUCUUCAAAACUGAGGUUAUAAAUAAACUAGUGAAAGAGUGUGAUAUCCUUCUUAGUCACCUCUUGUACCAAACUGAGCCACUUAAAGAACCAGAAGGGACAAGAGGCAGUGGGGAAAGGCCAGUCAAAGUUCCUGAAGAAAUUGCUGAGAUAAAGAACAUGGAGAACAUGUACUUGAGACUUACAUGUUCAGCAUUGAGAGUCUUGCAGGAGAUUCGCAGCGGAAGUUCAACUGUAAGCAUGUUCUCUUUGCCACCAAUGAAGACCAGUAAGCUUGACAAAGUCUGGAAAAAUGCUCCAGUGGUCGAACAAGAAGCUAAGUAGGGGUUACUGGAUGUCUGUGACAUGCUCUAAAUACCUUGUUUUUUUUUCCUCUUUGUCACUUCAGGUACAGUACACAUCUUGAAGUAAUGAGUCCAGUUGCUGUGACUACAUUAUGUUACAGCUCAUUUAUCAGCUAAGUAGAGAUGUUUACUGCUAAAUAUAUACUAGAUGGCCCGUGCCGUGCUAUGCAUGGACUAUGCCUCACAUCACUGUACUAUACAAAAGAAAAGAGGACUUGAACUACGUACGUUUGUUUGCUUCAAAAAAUUGUGUCAUUACAUUUUUGAACUUGCUUUCACAGGAAUGAGAAAGACCAACAGAGUCAUGUACACUUUGCACA